AUGCUUCGAUUGAUGGCAUUCCUGCUUGGCAUCUUGCCACUAUCAUACGCUCUUGUCUGCUAUGAGAGCGAUGACAAAGGCAACGUCAAAGAAGUGUCCAACGAUCAAUGGUCCUAUUGUGCUCUCAUUCCGGAAACAGAUGGAGAGGAAGGGCGAGUGUUUGGCAUUGGAAAAGACGUAGAAAGUUUGACUGGCUAUGACACCACUUUCAACCUGUCCGGCCCUCUCUACAAGAUCCUCACAAUGUGCAUAUACGAGAAAUAUGAUCUGGGCAAACUUUCACCACGCUUUGGACAACCGGAGUUUCUUUUCCGCUGUGUAUGCAAUUACGACCGAUGCAAUUCCCACAACACUUUCCAGGGUUAUCUCUACGGUGUCCAGCAGGACAAUCUGUGA